AUGCCACUAAGCUGUGCAGCAAACUGUAGGUUCUGUGAGUUUGAGAGAGUCCACGAUGAUGCCGCAUCGCCAUCUCAAAAGGAAGAUAAUGCGCCUACUGGGGAAGGGGAUGUAAUGCUAUCGUCUUCAUCUUCGUCGUUGCCGGGGGAUAGUGACAGUACAUCCUCCAUACUGGAAACUAUUUUUGCUGAGACAAUCCCAACGUAUACAGAAAUAGACGACGCGUCCAAUAGGAUGGAUAUUGCUCCCGACAUGUCGUCGAAGGGCGACGAUGAGGAGAAGGAAGAUCCACAUACGAGCAUCCAUCCACCCAGUCCUAGCUCAGUUUACAGCAACGACAAUCCUCUUGAGAACGACAACACCAACAGCGAGAUUCAGGGUAGCGAUGACUGGAGUUUCUUGGAUGACGUUCAUGUUGCUAUCGUAGCUUGGCUUGAUGCUGGGGGUUUGGAGAUGGCGAGGCCAGGGUAUGCACCUGUUUUCGCGACUGGAAUGGGUGGAAAGGGGAGGAGGAGGCAUAGUGUGUGA